AUGACCAGCUACCCGUUCCUUUGCAUAUGGUCCUCUCGUAUCUGCGACACUUCUCUUACUCCAUCUUCGAAGAUAUACCACCUUGCCUCUUGCUUGGCUCGUUCGAAAGACCGAUCACCUCGCUUAAUACGCACCAUUGCGCUUUCCUUCUGCUCACUCGUUCCACCAGUCGGUUUAUGCUCCCCCCCUUCCGUUAACAUCUCAUUUUAUCGUAUCAUCUUGCGCUUCACCCAAUACCUUCUCCGUUUGAAGCGUGCUGGCGCAAGCUACCUGGCAUAUUAA